CAGAGAAAUCACUUUAGAAGGAAAUCUACAGUCACACAGAGCAGCUGAGAAGAAAGAAGAUAGUUAUCCUGCGACCGAAGAUGCCUGGAUUAUAUGAGAAGCUGACGUUUGUGGCAGGAGUGGCCCUUGCGGCCCUGGCCCUGGCGAGGUCUUCCCCAGUAGUGGGCCCGGAGCCAAUCCGCUGUGCCGCCUGCACGCCGGAGAAGCUGAGCGACUGUCCCGCCAUCCCGGCCGGCUGCAGCCAGGUGCUGAGGGAGCCGGGCUGCGGCUGCUGCAUGGCCUGCGCUCUGGAGAAAGGGGCGUCCUGUGGGGUUCACACGGCUCACUGUGGCGUGGGCCUGCGCUGCACUCCCAGGCUCGGUGAGGCCAGACCCCUCCACGCUCUGACCCGGGGACAGGGGCUCUGCACUGAGGACAUUGGUCAAGAGUACACAGAAGGAGACCAGGGCUCCCUGCAUUACCUGUUGGGUCUCAACCUUCCCUUCGACCAGCAAGACCCUGCUGAGGGCCAAGAGAGCAUCAAGGCCAAGGUCAACGCUAUCCGCAACAAACUGGUGCAUCAGGGACCCUGUCACGUUGAACUCGACGCGGCGCUGGAAAUGAUCGCCAGCUCUCAGCAGACGCUCGGAGAGAGGUUCACCACCUUCUACCUCCCCAACUGUGACAAGCACGGCUACUACAAGGCCAAGCAGUGCGACUCGUCUCUGGUUGGACCUCCCGCUCGCUGCUGGUGCGUCUCCUCCUGGAACGGGAGGAAGAUCCCGGGGUCCAAUGACCUGCUCGGUGAAGCAGAGUGUCAUCAGGAAGUCACGCUCUGAGCGGAUUGACGUGGCCACACGCACCCAGAUGCAAACAGACAGAAGUCUUUGAAUAUCUGCAUGCAGCCACCUGGAGAACUGACUUCAUUUUAUUUACGAGAUGCCUGCAUCAAAACUUAUUUAUUCACAACUUGUAUAUUCUUCUUUGUCUUAUCUAUUUUUGUUUUUUUUUAAUAUGUUUGCCUGUUUGUUGUUUUUUCCAGUUGUAAAUAAGGCAACACUGUAUACAUUUGAGUUUCUGACUAAAUAACUCCAUUGCUCAAAACCACAGGUCCGCAGCUGUGCCAAGAGGUUUCAGGAUCAGUUUUCUUUUUUCAUUCAUUCAAAAACCAUACAGCCGUUCAUUCAUUCAACGUGUUGACAUUGUCUGAAUGUAUCUCCGUUGGCGUUUCCUCAAUGGGUAUCAGUGGGAUACUUAAAGUGCUGUAAGCAUGUGUGCACAGUGGUCAAGCACAAACAUUUACGCAUUUGUCUACCUCUGCUGGUCUCGACAGGUUCAGCCGGUUUAACACUGAGGGUUCAGCUCAUCUACACUUUCUUACCUUUUUAUUUGUCUCUGAGGUCAUCAGGGUCAUUUUCAUUUUAUUUAUUAUUAUUUGUCUGUGUUUAUGCUGCUAUUCCAUUAUUGGAUUUGUUGAAAUAAUGCAUAUAGAUACUUCUUAUUUUAUGGAUGUGCAUCAAAUUAAAUAAAUUAUUUAUUCACAAUG